UCGUCAUUCAUUUCCCAGUCGCCGGAGUGAGAGAGAGAGAAUGGAGGAACCAAGCUCCAAGGCGCCGGUGCCGGCGCCGACGAGGACGAGGACGACGCAAUCCGCUCCUCCGAUUGCACCGAGCUCCCAAUUCAAUCCCAAACCUCCCAAAGCCAAAGAAGAAGGCGAGCUCUCCUCAUCCGACGACGACGAUGAACCUGCCGAUUAUACUGCCGCGCAGUUGGAUACCGGAGCUGUUCUUUCUGGUAGGAGCCAUCAGGCUCUCUCUGCAAGUGAAAUUUCUCAAGGCAACCAUGUGAAGGUUGAUGCUGGUGGUCCUACUGCAAUCUCAAUUGAGUAUCCAACCAGACCAUCUAUACAAACCAAACAUGAGAAGAGUCUUGGAAUGAAUCAAGUUGGACAUAAGCCUGGUAGAUCUGGAACUGGUGGUUCCUCAGGGCCCAAUAGCAAUCUUGUUAUAAGCUUCUCUGAUGAUGAGAGCAGCAGUGAUUCCGAUGAGGGCAGACAGGAUAAGAGUUCUGAAGAUAUAGCUAAAACAGUUAGGAUGAAUGGAAAUCAGAAGCCACCUACUCUGGCACGGAAAACAUCGAAGAAGUUGGGAUACCCUACUCGAGACUCAAAACAAAUGAUGUCCAAGAAAAAUCCUUCUAGUCGUACAUUUAUACAUCCAAAGACUAAGAAUCAGGGAGCAAACAACGGGAUUGGUUCUGCACCUUCAAUUGGGCAAGGAAGUACAAGUAGGAGUUUGAGUAUGCUUAACCAGAAAUUGGAAUGCCAGGAGCAUGGAUCUGAUCAUGUUGUAGGUUCAAGAAAUCUUGAACUUCAGGACUUGCGGCAGCAGAUUGCUCUACGGGAAACUGAGCUGAAGCUUAAGUUAGCUCAUCAAAACAAGCAGUCAGUUUUUGGUUCUUUGAGAAACAGUUAUAGUCUUAACCUAAACAGGAAUCCAGGUGGUAUAAGCGUCACGGCCUCUCCACACCUCCCACGUUCUUUAGACUUCCCACAACUAGAUGCAAAAGAGCCCCCUCGUAAAAGGUUGAAGGUUGGUGUAUCUUCUUAUGCCCAGCGAUGUGUCGAGCAAUCGACAACUGCUGCUAAAUUGUGCCCACCUCCAAAGGAUCUGUUGUUAGAAACCGGCAAGAUGGACAAGGCUGACCAUGGUCCAAAACCAAAUUCCAUGAAUAUGACUGAACUGAGUGUCACUAGAUGUGAAAUGCGAGAUAGUGAAAGGGUGGUGAUGGCCUCAGCUAACCUACAUGGUAUUGCUGAUGCUGAUCAUCCUGAGAGGACAAGCAGAAUGGUGAACGCAUGUUCUCUUUCAAAACAAGAUCCGCCUCUGAUUAGGAUGAUUCAGAAUACUUCCACAAAGAAUACGGGUACUGGAAUGGAGACAAACCAGCUAAUGAUAAGUGAUGGAAGAAAUGUACUGGGUUCUGACCCAAAUCAAAUUAGAAGGGAACACGAAUUAAUGAGGAGCAGCAAAGACGAUGAAGUUUUGACUUUGGAUCAUGCAGCUGAAGUCUCUGAAAAAAACUCAGUAGAGGGAUCUCUGAAGAAUAUGACCGUGUUGAGUGAUUUGGACAAUGCAAGUGGGGCGGAACAUGGAACCAAGGAAAUGCAGUCCCUCAUCGAGAUAGAGGAAUCUUUAGACAAGAAACUUGACGAAGCUCAAGAGCAGAGGCGGAGAUGCGAGAUUGAAGAAAGAAAUGCUCUUAAAGCUUAUCGUAAAGCGCAAAGGGCUUUGAUUGAGGCUAAUGCCAAGUGUUCUCAGCUCUAUCAUCAAAGAGAAUUGUAUUCAUCACGAUUGCGAUCCUUUAUUAUGCAUGAUACAAGCUUAUUUUGGUCCUCCUUGCAUAACAAACAUUUGGGAGUUCAGGUGAAAUCCUCUGAUAAUCUGAAUCAGAAUGUGGAUUCACUGCCCUCAUCCAGCCAUAAUAUGCAGAAUGAAUAUGAUCAAUCUAAUCAACCAGGUUACGCAUCUAAUAUCCGAUGCCUGGAUGGUGUUCCCGGUGAUUCCUCUCAUCUUCCUGUGAACAGCUCAGAGCAAUGCAGUGAACCAGAUGCUAGCACAUCAGAGCCAUUGUCUCACAAGGGCCCGAGAGUUGCUAAUGAGGAAUUUUCUCCCUUAAUUGGCCCAAAUAGGUCAGUCGAUGAAGAUGUGGAUAUUCCGCCUGACCAUAAUUUUGCUCAAUCCAAACAAGGAUCCCAGAGAGAGGCCCAAAAAGAUGGGGAAAGGCAUGAGAGCAUGACCAGCGAGGUUAGUACAAAGAUCUCCGAUGAAAACUCUCAUGAUUUUCUACUUCGUGAAGCAACUUUAAGAUCAGAGCUAGUUGCACGGUUGGGGACCAAAAGUUCACAGUAUCCAAAAGGUUCGUGUAGCAUGGAGGCUGUCAUUGAACAAAGGUCUCAAAGUGAUCCUGGAAGUGAGAAAACCCAUAUGAGUAACUGGAGUGCACCAAACUCUGAUGCGGAGAGAGUUAGGCAUGCAGAUUUUGAAGGCACUAACAAGCUAGAGGGACACCCACAUGAUGUCGUGGAAGAAGGUGAAAGCAGAAUGUCUCUGGACAAUUCGGCUUCUAUAAUAAGAAGUGCAUUUUGUCAUGUGAAAGACGUAUCUUCAUUCAAAUUAAGCAGACCUCAGCAGAAAAGGCUCAUGUAUGAUGCGCGUAAUGAUGAGGGAGUUUCCAUAUAUUCAUCAACAAGCUCAUCCAAGGAGACUGAUGGGGGUCUUCUUUCAGAAGACACUGCCUCCUAUUCCUGCAAUGUUGCUGUGGACCCACUUUGGCCACUCUGCAUGUAUGAGCUUCGAGGAAAGUGCAACAAUGACGAAUGUCCAUGGCAACAUAUUAAGAAGUGUUCAGAUGGAAAAAUGCGUCAGAACCUGUAUAGUGAUGCUAAUGAUUGCCACAUUGAAUCAACGUCAAGUGCAAAAAGAUGGGCUGUUCUGCCAAGUUUUUCAAAGUGCUCUCCAACUUAUGUAGUUGGAUUAGAUAUUCUGAAGGCUGAUUCACGUUCAUAUGAAGCAGUUGUUACCCAGAAUAUUGGUCAAUGCUGGCAAAAAUGUUUUAGUAUCUCCUUAGUUAUAUCGAGUGUCCCUAAACAAGUACGGCCUAUGGAUGACUCAGUUCUGCAAAAUAGUGAUGGGCGUAUCGAAAUCAGUGGAUGCCAGAGCAGACAAUCCUCAUUCUUCCGGAAUAGAAAUGGCAGCUUGGUUUGUCUUAAUCAGAUAAACCAAGGUUCAAUUGAUGGUCAAGCCCUGGAAAUGGCUCUUCUUAUUUUGAAUCAGGAUGGUAAUAAACUAGAGAGAAAGAAAAAGGUUGGCAUAUCCCAGGCUCUUGCUGUGUUGUCACGUGCACUCGAGGCUGAUCCAGCUUCUGUGGUUCUUUGGAGUGUGUAUCUUGUUAUUUACUAUAGCGAGAUGAAGACAGCUGGAAAGGAUGACAUGUAUUACAUUGCGGUCAAGCAUAACCAAGGAUCGUACGAACUCUGGCUGAUGUACAUCAAUAGUCGUAGCAAGCUCGAGGAUCGACUUCAUGCAUAUGAGGAUGCUUUACUGGCACUUUGUCACCAUUCAUCUGCUUCUAAUGGUCAUGCCAGUACGCGCAUCUUGGAUUUAUUCCUGCAGAUGGUGAACUGCUUUUGCUUGUGUGGAAGGGUGGACAAGGCGAUAGAGAUGAUCUGCGAAACCCUGCCGAGUGCAGAAAACUCUGAUGAACGGUUAACUUUGUUGCUUUCUAAUAUCCUCUCACGCUUAACAAUUGCUGACAAAUGCAUCUUCUGGAUUUGUUGUGUGUACUUAGUUAUUUACAGGAAACUUCCUGAUGCUAUAGUACAGCAGUUUGAAUGUGAGAAAGAGCUCCACUUAAUUGAUUGGCCCUCUGCUCAUCUGGGAGAGGAUGACCGGCAGAGAGCUUUUGACCUUGUGGAUUUUGCAAUACGUUGUGACAUCACCGAGGCAUCACUUGCAGAUGACGCUAAUAUCAGAUUGGCUCAGCAUUUCGCUGUGAACCAUUUUAGAUGUGCAGUGGUACUCAAUGGCUUAAACUGCGAUAGGUAUUUGUUGCAGAGAUUUGAGACAAUGUAUCCAACCAGCUUAGAACUACUACUCCUUUCUGCACGGGCAGGGGAGUGUGAUUUUGAGGAUUUUAGUUCAGGUUUUGAGAAUGCACUUAAUAAGUGGCCAAGAGAAGCUCCAGGCUUUCAUUGCAUCUGGAAUCAGUUUGCUGAAUAUGCUUUGCAGAAUGGAAGACAUGACCUUGCAAAAGACAUCAUGGAUCGUUGGUUUCUCUCUGCUUGGCAAGUCAGAUAUCCCCAUGAUGAAGGUGUGGCUGAGAUGGAUCAAGAUAAUUCAUGUUCCUCUCCAAUUGUUGCUUCUCAAGCGGAUAGUCAUGCUGCAGCAUCUAGUUAUAGUCGGAUGGAUGAGAUUUUUGGAUUCCUUAAUCUUUCUCUGCUUAAGUUGUUGCAGAACCAACUUGCAGAGGCUCGCGUAGCAAUUGACAAGGCGCUACAUGUUGCAACUUCUGAGAACUACAAGCUUUGUGUAAGAGAGCAUGCCAAGUUUCUGCUAAUGGAUGGGACGGUAGCGAAGGAGGGUGCUCAAAUCAGUGGGAUACUGGACUAUAUGAGUGUUUAUAUAAAUGAUCCUCGAGCUUUUCCUAUCACUGAGACGUUGCCUCGAAAGUUCAUAGGAGAUAUAAAAAGAAUCAGGGUUCAGCAGCUGAUUAAGAAUAUCUUAUGUCCUGUUUCAUCUAAUUUUUCACUUGUGAACCUGGUCCUUGAGGCAUGGUGCGGUCCGUCUCUUUUACCUCAAGAGUUUGAUAAGCCCGAUCAUCUAGUGGACUUUGUCGAAGCCAUGUUGGAAAUUUCCCCAUCAAAUUAUCCUCUGGCUGUUUCAGUUUGUAAGCUAAUCAAGAGAGACUUAAAGUCCUCAGCUGUUACCUCUGCCAGUCUCUUGUUCUGGGCAAGUUCUGUCUUGUUAAGCACAAUUUCUCACGCAGUUCCAGUAGCACCGGAGUAUGCAUGGGUAGAAGCAGCUGCUGUUCUGGUAAAUAUUUCGGGUAUCGACGCCAUUUUGGAUGGGUUCUAUAAGAGAGCUUUAUCUGUGUAUCCAUUCUCUGUUAAACUGUGGAACUCCUUUCUUAUUUCGAUGAAGAGUGAAAAGGAUGCAAGCUCUGUCCUCAGAGCAGCUGAAGAGAAGGGCAUUGAAGCCGAUCCAGAGUUUCUCUUGACCAUUAUGAGGUUACAGGUUGAUGAAAUGUAGCAACUUUUGUUUCUGUUGAAGGUCGCACUCCAAUUUGCGUUGACUGGUGCAUUGGCAACCCUUGGAACAGGCUUCAAGAUGCAUUCAUGCUGCGGGUGGAUAUGCUGACAUAAGACAUAGGAAGCACACUGAGUAUAGAUGACAUGCACAGGACUAGAUAGAUGUAAGUAGCCAUUACGUUUUCUCACAGUUACUACAUAUGCGAAGUUUUGGUCGAUGAAAGUUAGCUUAGGAUAGAAAGUCUGUGACUUUGGGGUCAGGCUUUAUCUUUUGUGCCCCACGAAGAGGCUUUACUCACGCAAAAGGUUAUCUCAUUCGUUCUUAUAGAUGGUGUUAAGACCUUUUGGGCUCCCUUGCUAGUACAGUAAUCAAUUGAUGUUUUGUUA